AUAAUUUGAUGACUUUGAAUCGUGCAUGUAGAACGCCAUGGAUACUAGUAGAUGAGAACUUUGACUUAAAUGAGUGCCACACCAAUAUCGUGGAAAAUAGUGUCAUUCAAUUCAAAGUUGCAUGCAGCUUGGAGUAUAGAAUGGAUCGUCCUCAUUGUUCAAGCACCCAAUUGAAGAUACUCUAUAAAGAUUGUGGUCCUCCUCGUAGCUUCAUUCCGUGGAAAAUGGUGCAAGAAAUUUAGAAGUUGCAACGUCAGAAAUACUCUGGAAAUUUAGUGAGACAUGAUAGUGAUAGUAAUUCAUAGCAACGAAUGGAGGUGCUCUACUAUAUAUUGGAUCCAUAUAUGGUGCUAUAACAGGCACAUUCUUGAGUUCAUACUUCACUUGUGAUGAGCGUAGUCAUGAUGAGGAUGAAUAAUCUGAUUCUGAUUGAAGCUGUUUUACUUCUUCUUGUUUGUGCUACUGCAGCAGGAGGAGCGGUGAAGUGCGCAGAGCGGGAGAGGCAAGCACUGCUGGAUUUCAAGGCCGCCAUGGUUGAUGACUACGGCAUUCUCUCUUCGUGGAAGGGUCGUGAUUGCUGCCAUUGGAACGGUGUUCGCUGCAGCAACCUCACUGCCCAUGUUAUCAGUCUCGACCUUCACGGUGACUUCAUCGUAAAUGAAUAUUCCUACAUAGAACGAUUUUUGAGAGGUAAGAUUCCCCGCUCGUUAGUGGAAUUGCAGCACCUCAGGUACUUGAACCUCAAUUCCAAUCGUUUUGAAGAUUACCAUAUCCCUGAAUUCUUUGGUAACCUCACCAGCUUGAGGUAUCUUGAUCUGUCAUCUUGUGGCUUUGGUGGAAGAAUUCCAACUCAAUUUGGAUCUCUUCCUCAUUUAACAUACUUGAAUCUUUUUGACAAUCGUUUAGAGGGUUCAAUCCCUUAUCAACUUGGAAAUCUGUCCAAGUUGGAGUAUCUUAAUCUCGAUCUAAAUGAUUUCCAAGGAACAAUACCAUCUCAACUUGGGAACCUUUCAAGCUUGCACGAGCUUUACCUUGCCGGUUCAGGUGAUUCUCUCAAAAUGAAUGAUGAUGGACAAUGGUUAUCCACUCUUACCUCUUUAACCCAUCUUGACUUGAGGUCUAUAUUGAAUCUCAACAAUUCCUAUAACUGGAUACAAGCCAUCAGUAAUAUCUCCACACUAACAGAACUCAGCCUAAUCAAUUGUGCACUUUCAGAUCAUUUUAUCUCUUCACAAACACCAAUACUUUCCAAGUUCAAAUUUCCUAAUUCUCUUUCAAUCUUGGAUCUUUCUUAUAACACCUUCACUCCUUCCCUGUUAUUCCAAUGGUUGUCCAAUGUCACUUCCAACCUGGUUGAACUUGCCAUUGAUUCCAGCCUCUUAGAGGGUUCCACACCUGCCACAUCAAAUCAUUUUGACAUCACAAUGCAAUCACUUGAGCGGCUUCAAAUAUCUCAUGAUCAAAUCACGGCCAGGGAUUUCAAAUCCUUUGCGAAUAUAUGCACCUUAUCUUCUUUGGAGGUGUUUGGUAGCGAUUUGACUGAAGAUUUGGAAUCAAUUCUUCAUAAUCUCUCUGCUGGCUGUGUCACUCACUCACUACAAGAGUUGUAUUUGGAAAAUAACCAGAUGACUGGCUCAAUACCUGAGGACCUUUCAAUAUUCCCAUUUUUAAAAGAGUUGUCCCUUGAUUUUAAUCAGUUAAGAGGGAAAAUACCUGACAAUAUCAGGUUGCCAUCUCAGUUAAAGGCUUUGUCCAUCAUUUCGAACUCUAUACAAGGUGGAAUUCCAAAGUCAUUUGGAAACAUAUGUAGUCUCGCAUCAUUAGACUUGUCCCACAACACUUUGACGGGAGAGCUUCCAGUUGCAAUCCACCACUUGUCUGGAUGCACAAGAUACUCACUCCAAUAUUUGAAUCUCCAAUAUAACCAAUUCAACGGAACUUUGCCUGACAUCUCAAUUUUCCCAUCUUUAACAGAUUUAUAUUUGUCUCAAAAUAAGCUAAAUGGGAAGGUUCCUGAAGGAAUUCAAUUUCUGUCACAGUUGGAGACAUUGAUCAUGAACUCAAACUCUUUGGAAGGGGUGAUCACAGACUCUCUGUUUCAUAAUUUGUCUAAGUUGAAGGUCUUGGACUUAACUGGCAACUCAUUCGUUUUGAAAAUUAAUCCUGAUUGGAUUCCACCUUUUCAGUUGCAAGUGAUAAUGUUGCAACAUUGCAUGGUGGGUCCGUAUCUUCCAAAAUGGUUGCAGACACAGAAAAACUUGAUGCAACUUGAUAUUUCCAAUGCUGGAAUUUCGGAUAUCACUCCAGAGUGGUUUUGGGCUCUAUCAACAAGGCUAAAUAGGAUGAACAUUUCUUACAACAAUCUCACUGGAAUAAUUCCAGAUUUUCCAUUGAGGCUUACGGAAUAUCCUUCUAUAAAUCUAGCUGCAAAUCAAUUUGAAGGCUCAAUCCCGGCAUUUUUACGAAGAGCUGUGUCCCUGGAUCUGUCCAACAAUAAAUUUUCAGAUGUUACUUCAUUUGUAUGUGCCAAUGAUACAGCUGAAGGAUUAGGCCAAUUAGAUAUUUCAAAGAAUUAUUUAUCUGGUCAAAUCCCUGAUUGUUGGGAGAAUUUUAAAUCAUUAGCAUAUAUAGAUGUGAGUAACAAUAAUUUUUCUGGACAAGUCCCCACUUCAAUGGGAUCAGUUGUUGAGCUUCGUGUAUUGAUAUUGAGAAACAAUAGCUUGACGGGGGAGCUUCCUUCCUCGAUGAAGCAUUGCAAAAAUUUAGUGAUGCUGGAUGCAGGAGAGAACAAAUUAUCAGGAAUCAUUCCUUCUUGGAUUGGAAGCAGCUUACAACAACUGCAAAUGUUAAGCUUGCGGAAAAAUCACUUUUUUGGAAGUAUACCAUCAUCUCUUUGUUUUCUAAAUGGCAUUCGCUUCUUGGAUCUCUCGGUUAAUCAUCUGUGGGGCCCAAUUCCCAAAUGUUUCAUUAACUUCACUGCAAUGACCACCCAAGAAAGGUUCUUACCAGAUUAUCAUUCUUAUAUUGUCAACCACACUCUUGGAAUAUAUGUGUAUAAUUAUGAUAUAAUUGCUUUGUUGAUGUGGAAGGGUGUAGAACACAUAUUUGAGAAUGAUAAGCUGCUUCUAAAAGGUAUUGAUCUCUCAAGUAAUCACUUGUCAGGAGACAUUCCAUCAGAGCUUGAGAAUUUGGUGGAGCUAGUUUCAUUGAAUUUAUCAAGAAAUAACUUGACAGGAAAAAUUCCUUCAGGAAUUGGAAGGUUGUUAUCAUUGGAGUCUCUUGAUUUGUCAAGAAACCAUUUAGUUGGCUCCAUUCCUUCUAGUCUUGCACAAAUUGAUUUUCUCUCUGUGUUGGAUCUAUCACAUAAUAAUUUGUCUGGACAAAUUCCAACUGGCACACAGUUGCAGAGUUUCAAUGCCUCAAGCUACGAAGAAAAUCAAAAUCUCUGUGGGCUUCCUCUUGAAAAAAUGUGUCCUAAGGACGGGCCACAUCAAGAAUCUUUGAUCAAAACCCAAGAUGAAAAUGAUGGUUUUAUUCAGGCAUUCUUUGCAAGCAUGGGAUUGGGAUUCUUUGUUGGAUUUUGGGGGAUCUUUGGCACUAUCCUCUUCAAUCGCUCAUGGAGACAUGCUUACUUCCGGUUCUUGAACAACAUAACAGAAAAAGUUAUGUCAAGGUGGCAACGGUGGUAAUAUAUGCAACAACUACUAGCUUGAUUGCGGAUCAGCGACCAUGUGCUGGCAUCAUUCUAGUCAGGUAGCAAAUAAAGCAGCAGUACUUUCAAGGGAUUAACAAAAAGUAGUCGUUCAUGAAGUGAGUGUGUGAAACUUUAAAAGUAAAUAAAAUGAGUUGUGUAUUUGUAACUAAGUACUAGUGAGUGUUACUUAUUGAUAUAUCAGUUUGUAUUUGUGAAUUGUAACUACCGGUUACCAAUCAGUAUUAUGAUGUAUUUGGUUUAGACAAGAGAAUAUGAUGUCUAUUUUAUAUCUUUCAUGGGAUAAUAGUCACCAAAUCAUUUUUGCA